AUGCCGACCGCGUGGCCAACUGCCGAUUGGUGGCGAGUAGCCCCGAUGCUCUCCCCGAUCCCUCAAACGACGGUCGUGAACCUCAGCACCGGUAUCAUCAAGGAAGACGCUGUCCACUUCCAGGACGAGCAACAAAGGAAUUCGGCAACCGUGUCUAGGUCGCCCAGAAACGGCGUGCACAUCGCUAACGUGCAAUAUUCGCAGUCAUUUUUGUACGCUCGCAUCCUUAUCAAAUGUCAAAUAUUAGCGGACAGCCUAAAGUCUACGUCCGAAAAAGUCUCGGCUUAUCGCGAGGCUAAUAUCGCGCGAGUGAAUGUGACGAGCGCGCGCUUUGCACCACCACCACCACCACCACCACCACCACCACCACUACCACCCUCGUAG